UGAAUCUACUCACCUAUUAUGACCAACCCAAUGGAAUGUGGUUAAAGUUAGAUUUCUUAGGAGGAGCUCGAUUUUUGAUUGAUGAAUUGCAUCCACGGAACUUUAUAGGGCACGUUCAAGUUCCAUCCCCUCCAUGCUUUUUACGUCUGCCCGAAAAUCUUCGAAGUGGAGCACAUAAUGAAAUUGAAUUCCCUCAGUUUCAAUUCAGUUUUGCUAAAUUCGUGACAAAUUCAGAUAUGCAAUUUCAACGAUUGAAAUUACCAGCUUUCUUUUGCAUGCAUGCAAUGCCAUUGAGGGGAAUAAGAGUUAGUUUGGUUUCUCGGUGUGGCAAUUCUAUACCUUGCCGCAUUGCAUGGAUAGCGGAUGAUGAAGCUUAUCUAACAAGAGGAUGGUCUGAUUUUGCACGAAUUCUAAAUAUUGAAACUUACGAUGUUAUUUCAGUUGGUUGUCGUUACAAGAAUGAUUUUAUACUAUACGUGACUAAGGACUAGAAUA